AUGGCAGAAAUUUUGAAAACCUCGUGGAAUUUGUUAACCCUUAAAGCAAUCGAGAAGUGUUCUAAGUACGGUAGAGUAAAUGAGACGAACAAAGUGGUCGCAAGGCCAGUCGUGUGCUCGCUGCCUAAUGAUAAUAAGCAGAGAAUUGAAGUGAAGAGCGGAAAAGACUCGCUCGACAUUUGCAGAGUUGUUAAUGGGAUGUGGCAGACGAGUGGCGGUUGGGGUAUGAUCGAGCGAGACAAUGCGGUCCAAGCCAUGCUUCGAUAUUCUGAUGCUGGGUUUAAUACUUUUGAUUUGGCUGAUAUAUAUGGACCUGCGGAAGAUCUUUAUGGUAUCUUCAUAAACAGAGUGCGUAGAGAGCGCCCUCCUGAGUAUCUUGAAAAUGUCAGGGGGCUUACUAAAUGGGUUCCUCCACCAGUCAAGAUGACUAGCAGCUUUGUCCGCGAGAGCAUUAAUGUUUCUCGGAAGAGAAUGGAUGUUGCUGCUUUAGACAUGCUUCAAUUUCAUUGGUGGGACUAUUCUAAUCCUGGUUACCUUGAUGCCCUUAAACACCUAACGGACUUGAAGGAAGAAGGCAAGAUUAAGACAGUUGCCUUGACUAACUUUGACACGGAGAGGUUGCAUAAGAUUCUUGAAAAUGGGAUUCCAGUUGUUAGCAAUCAGGUACAACAUUCAAUAGUCGACAUGCGUCCCCAAGAGAGGAUGGUGGAGCUUUGUGAGCUCAAAGGAGUUAAACUCAUAACGUAUGGAACUGUGAUGGGUGGACUAUUAUCCGAAAAGUUUCUUGAUACCAAUUUAACGAUCCCUUUUGCUGGCCCUCCGCUAAAUACACCUUCACUGCAGAAGUACAAAAGGAUGGUUGAUGCUUGGGGAGGAUGGUCUCUUUUCCAAGUUUUGCUUCAGACCCUGAAAAAAGUAGCUUCCAAACAUUUGGUCUCAAUUCCCACAGUUGCUGUCAGAUACAUCUUGAAUCAACACGCAGUGGCGGGUUCAAUGAUAGGUGUUAGGCUUGGCCUUUCGGAACACAUCAAAGAUGCCAAUGCUAUAUUUUCCCUUGUUCUUGAUGAGGAUGACAUGAACAGCAUUUUAGAGGUUUCAAAGAAAGGCAAAGAUCUCAUGAAAAUAAUUGGCGACUGUGGGGACGAAUACAGGCGUGCGUGA